UAAAACUCUAGCUAGUAGCUAAAUCAAAUGUGUUCUCCUCCUUUUUCCAAACAUUGUAUGAAUCUUGGUCGCAAAACCAUGUUUAUGACUGUUUAUUUCGCCAUGAUCCUCUUGGUUUUAGGGUCCUGCAUCGCCGAGGCGAGGAUGGGACCAAUUAAGGUUUCUGAAAUGGAGAUAGUUCAAACAAGAUCAAGAUCGUUAAGACAUGAGUUCAAAGAUGGUUUUAGAUUCAAUGGUCGUGUGUUCCAUAUUUUGUCUAAACGGGGACUUGUACCACCUUCGGGGCCUUCCAGAAGGCAUAAUUCUGUGGUGAAUGAUCUCAAAAACUAAUUGGUUUCUUUUUAAUUUGUUGUUUAGUUGAUUUUCUGACAUAUCAUUAUAUACACUUUUAGAAGAUUCUUGAAAUUUUUUUUUUUGGGCGAGGUUUUGGUCCUUUUAAUAUAUGUUUUUGUUCAUUUUAUACAUCAUUUAUUUUCAUUCAUAUCUGUAAUAUCUCGUUGGAAAGUGAUACAUACGUACGUAUUCCCGC